AUGUUCCAGUCCAUGACGCGCUCUCUAGCAAUCCCGCACUUCCUCUACACACGCGCCGUGGAUCUGACACCGCUGAUGAGCUUGCGCAAGCGGUUCGCAAUCGACCCGAGCCUGUCGUCGCACCUCAAAACCGGAGAUUCUACGGCGAAGCUGACGCCUCUACCAUUCGUGCUGAAAGCCCUGUCGCAAGCGGUCACGGCCUUUCUGGCGCUCAAUUCUAUUCUCUACACAGAGAUGGAUCCCAACUGGCCGCACAUCAUCGUGAAGGCGGCGCACAACUUCGGCGUGGCCAUCGACACGCGCAGCAGGCUCCUGGUGUCGGUCGUCAAGAACGUGCAGAACCACUCUGUCAUCUCGCUUGCGGCGGAGCUGUCGCGCGUCGGCGCUCUAGCAAGGGAGGGGUGCCUGGGUCCGGGCGACAUGAGAGGCGCGACACUGGUGGUCAGCAAUAUCGGGAGCAUAGGCGGCCAGACGGUUGCGCCGGUGAUUCUGUCGCCCAUGACGGCGGUUGGUGCCUGUGUUCAAGAGGGAUGGAGCGGAUCGUCAAGAGAUAUCAGUUCAUGCUGA